AUCUCUGAGUAGUCUGUGCGUCGCUGACCGUCGCUCGCUGGCUGGCUGUUUCUGUCUCUUGUUCGCACUUCGCAGUUUUUCGGUUCUCGUUGCGUUUGCUUUGCUUUCAUUCAAUCAAUACACAUUUUUAUCAGGAUUUGUGGACUUGAAGUUACUGGAAAAUCAAUAUUGGCCGUCUUUAUAGUUUUUAUAUACAAUCCAAAGAUGUAACCUAAUGUAACUGUGAGAAUUUUGUGAUAAACCUCGAUAUUUAUCAACAAUAAUGCAUCGUCGUGGCGGGAAACGUAUCCGGAUGGACGACCCUCCUCCGGAGUACGUGAAUCCCAUGACUCCAGCGACUCCCAUGACUGAUUACGGUGGUCAGUCUGUGCACGAACCUGAGACUCCCAAUGUAAACUAUUCAGGUUUCAAUGUUGGCGCAGUAGCUAAUUCCACAGCAGCUGAAGCACCUCGGGAAGAGGCUGAAGAAUCCCAUCAUGAAGAAGAGGAGACCAGAUCUCCGUCGCCCACGCCCACUAAGCGGGUGACACGCAGUCGCGGCCGGAGAGGAGACGGAGGGUUCGUGGGGCGUCUGGCCGAGUCUCCACCUCCGCCGCCGCGGCGCCGCCGCGGCCGCGGCGGGCGCGGUCGGGGCCGGGGCCGCGGCACCGCGCCACCGCCCGCGUACUCACCCCCACCAGUAUUGCUUCCUGGUGAUGAUGAGAACAGCCUUUACAACAUACUAAGAUUCAACAAAACUGCUAUCAAUCAAGUGGUAGACAUGUGGAUAGAAGAGUACAAGACCAAUAGAGAGGCGGCUCUGGUGCAACUAAUGCAGUUCUUCAUCAAUGCCUCAGGCUGCCGGGGGAAGGUCACGCCUGACAUGGCUCAGAUGGACCACACACUUAUCAUCAAGAAAAUGACUCAGGAAUUUGAUGAGGAAAGUGGAGAAUAUCCUCUCAUAAUGACUGGGCAGACUUGGAAGAAGUUCCGCUCCAACUUCUGUGAGUUCAUUCAGACCCUGGUGAAGAUGUGCCAAUACUCCAUCAUCUACGACCAGUACCUCAUGGACAACAUCAUCUCCCUGCUCACCGGCCUCUCCGACUCACAAGUCAGAGCCUUCAGGCACACUGCCACUCUGGCUGUGAUGAAGCUGAUGACGGCGCUGGUGGACGUGGCGCUGCUGACGAGCGUGAACUGCGACAACUGCCUGCGCCAGUACGAGGCGGAGCGGCUGAAGGCGCGCGACAAGCGAGCCAACGAGCGCCUCGAGGUGCUCGUCGCCAAGCGCCAGGAGCUCGAGGAGAACAUGGAGGAGAUCAAGAACAUGCUCUCCUACAUGUUCAAGUCCGUCUUCGUGCACCGAUACAGGGAUACACUGCCUGACAUUAGAGCUAUCACAAUGGCAGAGAUAGGCAUAUGGAUGGAGAAGUUCCCGGCGCACUUCCUGGACGACUUGUAUCUCAAAUAUAUUGGCUGGACACUGCAUGACAAGGUGGGCGAGGUGCGGCUGCGCUGCCUGCAGGCGCUGCAGCCGCUGUACGAGUGCGAGGAGCUCAAGGGCAAGCUGGAGCUCUUCACCUCCAAGUUCAAGGACCGCAUCGUGUCCAUGACGCUCGACAAGGAGACCGAGGUCGCCGUGCAUGCCGUCAAACUCGUCAUCGCCAUCCUGAAAUGCCGCAUGCACCCCGACGUGCUGACGGACAAGGACUGCGAGAACGUGUACGAGCUGGUGUACUCGUCGUGCCGCGCCGUGGCGGCCGCGGCCGGCGAGUUCCUCAACGUGCGGCUGUUCCGCAACGACGAGCCGCCGGGCGCUGUGCCGCCGCCGCCCGCCCGCUCGCGCCGCGGCAAGCAGCGCCUGCCCAACACGCCGCUCAUCCGCGACCUCGUGCAGUUCUUCAUCGAGUCCGAGCUGCACGAGCACGGCGCCUACUUGGUGGACUCGCUCAUCGAGUCCAACCCCAUGAUGAAGGACUGGGAGUGCAUGACGGACCUGCUGCUGGAGGAGGCGGGCCCGGGCGAGGAGGCGCUGGACAACCGCCAGGAGUCCUCGCUCAUCGAGCUCAUGGUGUGCUGCGUCCGCCAGGCCAGCACCGGCGAGCCGCCCGUCGGCCGCGGCGCCUCGCGCAAGCACCACCACAUGCUCUCCAAGGAACAGGCCAAGGUGGUGAGCGACGACCGCAGCAAGAUGACGGCGCACUUCAUCGUGACGCUGCCGGCGCUGCUGGACAAGUUCGGCGCCGACCCCGAGAAGCUGACCAACCUGGUGUCCAUCCCGCAGUACUUCGACCUGGAGCUGUACACGACGCAGCGGCAGGAGGGCAACCUCACGCUGCUGCUCAACAAGCUGCGCGACAUCGUGUCGGUGCAGACGGAGAGCGAGGUGCUGGAGACGUGCGGCCGCACGCUGGAGCUGCUGUGCAGCGAGCAGUGCGGCGUGUACACGCGCUGCAACGUGGCCCGCGCCACCAUCACCGACAUGUGCGUCAACCGCUACAAGGAGGCCAUCGACGACUACCGCAGCCUGCUCGAGGGCGGCGAGACGCCCGACGCCGACGAGCUCUUCAACGUCAUCAACUCGCUGCGCAAGGUGUCCAUCAUGUACAUGUGCCACAACCUCAACGACACCAACAUCUGGGACUCGCUCUUCGAGGACCUGCCCAAGUGCGUCAAGGAGAACGAGUCGCAGAUGCCUCCGCAGGCGCUGGUGUACGUGGUGCGCGCGUGCUUCUACGCCGUGGUGUGGGGGCUGCACGGCGUGGAGAGCCGCGCGGGCGCGGGCGCGGCCGCCGAGCUGCGCGGCCGCCUGCGCGCCUACGUGGCGCACUGCCAGCACAUCGUGCGGCGCGGCGCCACGCCCGCGCUGCAGGAGGAGGCCUACACCUCGCUGUGCGACCUGCUCAUCCUGUUCGCCGACCAGCUGGCGCUGCACCACCCCGCCGACCCCGACAUGCGCCAGCUCGUGCUGCAGCCCGACCCCGACCUGCUCGACAUGCUCAACGCCUUCAUACAGGAGUUCGUCUUCGUGCACCACAACUACGACGGACAAGACGAGAGACGCAUCGAGGAGCUGCACAAGCGGCGCAACUUCCUGGCCGCCUACUGCAAGCUCAUCGUGUACAACGUCGUGCCCAUCCGCCGCGCCGCCGACGUCUUCAAACAUUACAUCAAGUGCUACAACGACUACGGCGACAUCAUCAAGGCGACGCUGAGCAAGGCGCGCGAGAUCAACAAGCUGAACUGCGCGCUGACCAUGGAGCUGGCCAUGCAGGCGCUGUUCCACGACAUGCUGCUCAAGCACCCCGCGCCCAGCCGCCAGCUGCCCGAGAUGCUCGAGCUCAAGGAGCUGGCGAAGCGCUUCUCCGUGAUGUUCGGGCUGGACGCCGUGAAGAACCGCGAGGCGCUGACGGCGCUGCACCGCGCCGGCAUCGCCUUCGCCGCGCUCGACGCGCCGCCCGCCGGCGGGCCCGCGCCGCCCAACCUGCUGUUCCUCGAGGCGCUCGGCGAGUUCUCCAACAAGCUGCUGCGGCAGGACAAGCGCGCCGUGCUGCGCUUCGCCGACUCCCGCCUGCCGCCCGGCGCCGCGUGGGGCGACGACUGGGCGCCGCUGCUCGCCUACCGCGGCUCUCUGCUGACGGACGCGCCCGACGACCGCCCGCCGCCCGCGCGCAAGCACUACGCGCGCAGACCGCGUACGUACUGCAACACUCUUACUGCGAGCCUGCCGCCCGGCGCCGCGUGGGGCGACGACUGGGCGCCGCUGCUCGCCUACCGCGGCUCUCUGCUGACGGACGCGCCCGACGACCGCCCGCCGCCCGCGCGCAAGCACUACGCGCGCAGACCGCGUACGUACUGCAACACUCUUACUGCGAGCCUGCCGCCCGGCGCCGCGUGGGGCGACGACUGGGCGCCGCUGCUCGCCUACCGCGGCUCUCUGCUGACGGACGCGCCCGACGACCGCCCGCCGCCCGCGCGCAAGCACUACGCGCGCAGACCGCGUACGUACUGCAACACUCUUACUGCGAGCCUGCCGCCCGGCGCCGCGUGGGGCGACGACUGGGCGCCGCUGCUCGCCUACCGCGGCUCUCUGCUGACGGACGCGCCCGACGACCGCCCGCCGCCCGCGCGCAAGCACUACGCGCGCAGACCGCGUACGUACUGCAACACUCUUACUGCGAGCCUGCCGCCCGGCGCCGCGUGGGGCGACGACUGGGCGCCGCUGCUCGCCUACCGCGGCUCUCUGCUGACGGACGCGCCCGACGACCGCCCGCCGCCCGCGCGCAAGCACUACGCGCGCAGACCGCGUACGUACUGCAACACUCUUACUGCGAGCCUGCCGCCCGGCGCCGCGUGGGGCGACGACUGGGCGCCGCUGCUCGCCUACCGCGGCUCUCUGCUGACGGACGCGCCCGACGACCGCCCGCCGCCCGCGCGCAAGCACUACGCGCGCAGACCGCGUACGUACUGCAACACUCUUACUGCGAGCCUGCCGCCCGGCGCCGCGUGGGGCGACGACUGGGCGCCGCUGCUCGCCUACCGCGGCUCUCUGCUGACGGACGCGCCCGACGACCGCCCGCCGCCCGCGCGCAAGCACUACGCGCGCAGACCGCGCGGUCAGAACGACGAGGAGGACGGCGACGACAACGCGGAGUCUGACGCCGAGCAGGCCGGGUGAGCCGCACUACUCUAUCUGUUCAGCAGCACCGCCACACUAUCGCGAAUGAGUUUAUCAGGCUAUAUAGUUACACGACUUUUUUCUUGACAAGUCUGAGAUCAAUCAAAAGACCGCGCUAUAAACAUUUUCGUUUCUAUUUUUUAUGACACGACCAAACAUUUUAUUUUCGACUUGUCAAGUUGCGUCUGACGUACUAUAACUAUCAAUAUUUAUAUAUUUAUUUUAACAUACAGUAGAAUCCGUUUAUUAUGACUUCGCUUAUAUUGACCAACCGCUUAUUGUAACGUAAUUGCACUUGAAGUUUGGUUUUCACAUAAAAUUCUCUAAAAAAGUCGGAUAUAAUGACUUCGCCUACAGUGACAUGUCGUUUAUUGUGACGCAUUUUUAAUAAAAUUCGUCACAAUAACCGACUAACCUUCAACAAUAAUCGGGAGAGUAAUGUGAUAUCUGACGACAUGUUCUAAUUCAAAGAAAAAUGUACAAACAUGUCUACUUAUUGCAUAUUAUUUCUAUAUGAGUUGAUAAAUAUCAAACUGCCAUAAGUCCA